UGAAUAGGACCUUUCCAAUCCGCGGCUUCACACGCUAAGCAACACGCCGCGACCCCACAGCCGUCUCGAUGACUAAAUACAAUGAGCGCUACUUCGGUUCCUGUUUAACUUUCUUUACAAGUCGAUAAGAAAAAACGAAAAACUUUAUACGGGCAACCCCGUCCCCUUUUUUUGGAGCGACUCUCGCGGGUUUUUAGAGGUGUUUGGGUCAUCGCUUCCAAAGUCACUUCCGCGUUGCCGGCAGGCGUGCGGUGACAGCGGGAGGAUGAAGAAGCACAAAAGUAGCACUUUGUACCAUAAAACCAGGGAAAGGACGAGGAUUAUUCAGUGUAUCUAUGUGGUUGGCUUCAUGGCUUUCGCGGGCCACAUAAAAUAAUGUGGCGGGCCAGAUUUGGCACCCGGGCCUUGAGUUUGACACCUGUGCUCUAAGGACUUGUUUGGCGUGAGCAUGAUCAUCCCGCUGCUGAGUCAUCACGUCAAAGCUCUGGGCGCUAGUCCUACUGUUGCUGGUAUUGUAGGGUCCACAUAUGGCGUCCUGCAGCUCUUCUCAAGCACGAUCGUGGGCGGCUGGAGCGACGUUGUGGGUCGUCGUGGGUCCCUGUUGACCUGCCUGCUGAUCAGCGCUCUAGGCUACGGCCUGCUGGGAAUGUCCACCAGCAUCGCUUUGUUCGUGCUCUCACGGAUUCCAGUCGGGCUGUUCAAGCACUCCCUGUCCAUCUGCAGAGCGCUGCUGUCCGACCUGGCGUCUGAGGCAGAGCGCCCCCUGGUGAUGGGACAUUUCAACGCCGCCUCCAGCGUGGGCUUCAUUCUGGGCCCCAUGGUGGGCGGCUACCUCACGGAGCACGAGGGCGGCUUCUACACCUCGGCCUCGGCCUGCGCCGCCAUCUUCCUGCUCAACGCAGGUGUGGUGUGGAUGCUUCCAUGGAGGGACAUCCUGCUUCACUGUAACAAGUCUGUCAGCAAUGGUUCUUCUGCACAUAGCCACGCCCCCGCGCACUCUGACCCCGCCCUCCACAUGCAAAAGACAGAGGCGGGGAACGGCUGGCGGCAGUGGCGUGAGGUGUCCUUGCUGCAGCCCGCCUGGCGACAACUGUCCUCCGUGGGCUCCCGCAUCCGCCUGGUGGCCUCCUCCGACAUGUGGGACCUCUUCCUGGUGCGCCUGUUGAUGGCAGUGGCCAUCAUGCUCUACUACAGCAACUUCUCCCUCGCCAUGGAGGAGCGCUUCUCUCUCAAGCCCAAGACCACGGGCUACCUCAUCAGCUACAGCAGCACGCUGGGGGCGCUGGCGGGCUUCCUGGUGGGGCCCCUCACCCAGCUGUACGCCCGCAACAUGGCCACCCUGCUGCUCCAUUCCACGCUUUGCACCUGCGCGCUCAUCUUCCUCUACGCCGCCGCCCCCGGCGUGUGGCAGGUGCUGCUCACCUCCACCUUCUUCGCCAUCUCCACCGCCGUCGGCCGCACCGCCAUCACGGACCUGGAGUUGCAGAGGGGAGGGGCGCGGGCCAGCGGGACCCUGAUCGGAGCGGGACAGUCGGUGACGGCCGUGGGUCGCGUGCUGGCUCCCCUUCUCUCGGGCGUCACCCAGGAGUUCAGCCCCUGCGGGCCCCCCAGCUUGGGAGUGCUGUUGGCGCUGGCGGCUGUAGGCGUCCUCCUGCUUAGGAUCCCCAAAUGGAACACUAAAGUGGACAAACACUAAGUGAACUAAGACUGCUCUGAACUCCGCCUGCUGUUGAGAUGAACACUUUUUUUUAAAAAGGUUUGAAAUGUCUUGUAAGCAUCACUCAAUUGUUGAACACAUUUAAUAAAUAGGAUUUUCUAUACAUCACACAUUAAUACUAUUUAUAAAAAAUAUUUGUUUCAUUCA